AUGGCCGGCUCAUCGACAUGGACGCAUUUGGUGCGGUUCAAGCACAAGGGCGUGCCCACAUUUGCCCAGCUGGUCAACCCCUCCGAGGACGGCGAUCUGGAGGAACAGUUUGAGGUCGAGGUGGCCACGGGCGACCCGGUCUACAACAACAUCAAGUUGACGGGCGAGAAAGUCACCGUGGCGCGGAACACCUUGUUGGCUCCCUUUGCCACCGUGCCCAUCGUCAUCAACACCGGCCUCAACUACAAGGACCAUGUGACGGAAUCGCUGUUCUACAGCGCUCCUGAUCUGUUCCCCAACAUCCCCUACAUCUUCUUCCGACCGGCCACCUCCCUGGCGGCGCCGUACCCGGCUCUGCUGCGCACGUACAAGGUGCAGCAGGAGUGUCUCGACUAUGAGGGCGAGCUGGUGUUCCAGACCGGGUCGCGGCCUCUGAAGGACAUCACGGUCGAAGAGGCCCAGAAGGAGAUCAUCGGCUUCGCCGCCGGCAUCGACUUUUCCCCGCGUCCCGGCAAGAUCCUCGGCCGCAUGAACUACAUCUUCUCCAAGGCCUUCGACGACUGGACCCCCGUCGGCCCCGUCCUCGUCAACCCCAGCGUGGUCGGCUCCCUGCCCGAGCUGGACCUGACCACCAAGUGGAACGGAAAGGUCGUCCAGCACGACAACACCGGCAACAUGAUCUUCAACGUGGCCAAGAUUCUUUCUUCCAUGUCGACGGGAACAACCGUCCAGCCUGGCACGGUCGUCUUCUCCGGUACUUGCGGUGGUGGGGCCUGGUUUGCCAGCGAGGGCAAGGCCGGCACCGGCAUCAACGACGGCGACGAGGUCGAGGUCGAGAUCAAGAAAAUUGGCAAGGUCCGCGCGUACCCGCGGUUCGACAAAUGA